CACUAACCAAAAUCGGCUUUCUAUGAAUAAGUAGAUGUGACAUUAUGAAGGCUUCAAAAGUUCUAUAUGCCACUUUAGAAAGGUCUACUUUCUAGAUUGCUAACUAGAAUCUGCUUGAUUUCUCGCAAACUACAAGUUGCAAACUGGGAGUCAUAUCGUGAAUCAUCUAGAGAAAACAUUGGAGAAUGCAUAAAUCUAGAGAGCGCACCAAUAUUUCCCUGGUCUGCUCCAUGAUCCACCCAUUCGUCUGAAGAAAAUAUCAAAAUAUCUACCUACCUUAAUUCAUCAUGGCACCACUCAUCAUUCUGAUACGCCACGGCCAAGCUGUACAUAAUAUUGAUAAUAAUUGGGUAUUACGAGACCCAGCCCUGACCGAUGCAGGUCGAGCCGAAUGCAAGGUUCUCGCAGAUAGACUUCAGCCGAAAUUUCAUUUCACCAAGGACGAAUGCUGUAUAGUUGUGAGCCCUCUGACCAGGACCUUAGAAACCGUCCAAUACGGCCUUAAAUGGCUUCGAGACCAGGGCGUUCCUGCCCAAGUUCGGGCAGAAUGGCAGGAAACCACUGAUAAUCCGUGUGACGUUGGCGGUGAGCCCGGGCAGGUAAAGCAGCAAUGGCCAGACUUCGAUUUCUCGGAUCUAGACCCGGUCUAUCCUGAAAAGACGGGCUUGUACGAGAACUCGGAAGCUGCUUUUAAGAAAAGGGCCUACUUCGCUAAAGAGUGGCUCUAUAAGCGUCCAGAGAAAUGCAUUGUCGUCGUCUCGCACAGAGGAUUUCUGAGAAGAGUUGUCGGAGAACCGAGAUUUGAGAACGGAGAAUACAGAACAUACAAAUUAGUUCAGACUUCAUCAGACUACCAUCUCCAAGAGGUAGACCUCGAGUCUCAGCAGGAGGCGUAGACGUAUUCUAACACGGCGAAUCAUCGAAUAAAUCGAAGGAAUUGAGAAAAAGCAGCAUGAUAGAUUUUCUGGGAUGGGGAAUUUGAGAAUCCCAUAAAUCUUCCUGGUUUGGAAAAAUAUGCAUUUUUGCGAGCGGGAUGGUUGCAUCAAACGAAAGCUGGUUACCUAUAAAUCAUACAGUUGUAUUCCAAAGCCGAAGGGAGGAGAUAUGAUGGUCAUCGCCCCUGACAUUAAUGAGAACAGUUGGAAUAGGAAGAAUGAAGUCCAAUCAUUAGGCAUUAAUAUCGGAAGACACGCCGCGUCCUACGACACGUGUCACUUCUAAGGAUUUUGAUUCAUUCAUAGAGAAUCGCGUUAAAUGUUGCCGAAAAAAUACCAUAGGAAUUCGAUGUUUUGUAAAUAUCGAAUUCCCUCAAACGAGCGGCAUGCUCUACUCUCGCACUAGACUCAUCCUUGAAGACGUGAGGGAGUAGUCGUCUCUGAGCAAUCGAAAAUGAUUGAGAAUCAUGUGCUUAAUGAAUGUAUG